AUGUACAAAUCAUCAUCAGUAAAACAAAUUAAAGACAGGCUGUCUGCAAAACUUUCAAAACUGCUUUCUAUGUCAGAUGGCGACAUAGAAAAUAUUACAAUAAGGAAUGAGUUAAAAAAGGUUAGAAGUAUCGAAAUGAAGCUAGCACGACCUACAUGCUAUCAAGGGAAACAGGCGGGAUCACUGGAUCCGAGAUCACAAAUUACAGGAGAGCUGUCGUCCGACGAAGAUGAGACACUGUCUGCGGGUCCAUCAAAGUAUGUACCUUGUACUUCUAAAUCAACCAGUGCGAAUGCCCAAUUUGCGUCUGCACCUGUCCCCUCUAGUCCUGGUCCUUCAGCAUCUUUCCGAUCUUUGCCUGUGUCUUCUGUUGGUUCUUCAACUCGACCAUCUACUCCAAUGUCUCGCCCUGCAUCUCUUCCAUCUAGCUCUUCCUCCAACCAUCCAACAUCCAAUUCUUCAACAAAGACCAAGACCAAAGCUACCAAAAGGUCACUUCUUAGUGUAAUGCGUGAAAAUCAGGAAGCUUACAAUAAGUGCAUUACCACAAAAAUCCCAAAACUUCUCAAGGCCCUUGGAGUUAACUCAGAUGAGACAGAAUCUGAUUGA